AUGUGUACAAUACGGCAGCCUGUGAGGGUCAACAGUUAAAGCCCAUUCUUAAAACUUCAAGACAGUUUUGUCCCAGUUUUAAAUCUUCGAGGAAAUAUUACAGUUGAGGACAAAAUGCCUGGGCGCAACUUUUCGCCUAUUAUCCGACCAGGACAUUAUCCAGACAAACUUCCAACACGGACAAAAAAUCGUCAAUGCACCGCAAAUCCCCACGCAACGAUUCAGAAGACCAUACCAUCGCAACUGCAGAGGCAGUUGAAGCAGAGAAGAAUAUCUUUGACAACCCAACGAAAAUCAGGAUUUUGUGUCAAGGUUCAAAAGGCAGCACAAAUGAUCACUGACGAACCUGGAUUAUGCGGAAAUUGCCAUUUGACAUUUGACCGAAUCAGAAGUCAUUUAAGGAAGUGCCAUCCGAGACUAUACAGAAGAGUCAUUCUUGCCCUUCGUAACGCUCAACCUAUCACCGAAGCAAACCCAGCCAACGGUGGCAACGCCAAGGAACCGUCCAAUAAUAGACCCAAGCCGAUCGUUGACAUACCUCGAGCGUUGUAUAACUAACCUUUGCAUAAAUUUUGAAGACUGAUCGAGUGGCUGUUGUUUUAAGCCUUCCACCAGCAAAAUAGAUCGAACGGUAUCCCCUUUCAAUAGUAGUUCUGGGCCCACCCCAGCCUGUAAAGGAAUCUAGAAACUACCCAAUAUCUAAGCAUCAAAACUCAAAUUUGGUUUAUCACAAAAAUACCUACAAUCAAGACAUUCAAAUAACUGCAACUGAGUAUUCAAGAAUCAGAAUCUUUAAACAUUUUAUUUAUUAAAAGGCAAAAAGGAACCACUCAACAGUUAGAUGCGAAGGUCAACAAGAAAUCAAGGAUAUGUAUCUUUAAUAACAUUUCACAGUUAACAUGAGAAAUGACUGCAUUCAGAAUUCGUACAAAAGCUUAAUUCUAUGCACAUCUCCUUCGUACACGAGAAAAUGCAAUCAACUCCAAAGAUUCGGGAACUUUCGAUUUCUUCUGAGUAACUACAUUAUUAAAGCCAAAUAAAUACAGGAUUUCAAAGAUACAGUAAAUUUGUAUUCCUUACAAAAUAAGAUAACGUUUUGGAUUGUUGCAUGACUUCCGUAAAUGUGUCAAAGAACAUUUUUCGUUGUAAUGAGCAGAACAAAGUGAACACGGCACAGGUUCGAAUUACCACUUUCUGCCUUCAUCAAUUUCAAACUAUAUGACCUGUCCACUUUUAAACUGGCCAAAAUCAAUAUCUCCAUACAGAAAUGUUUCUACUUGCAAAUAAAAAUCUAAACCUUGAUGGGACCAUAAAAUUGUAUAUUUUCUCGCCAAAAGCAAUGAAAAGUGAUGAACAAACAAAAAAAACACGUACAGACGGUAAAAUAUAAAUAUUAUUUCAUACUUCAAUGUUACAUUAAUUUUUAUUACAAAACUUUCCUAAAUAGUACUUGGUACUGUAAUUCCACUUUCUAUCUUUUUGUAUCUGCUGAACAUUUACUAUGGAAUAAAAUAUGCUCCAGUGCUCAUCA